GCCCGCCGCUCCCCCCUUCCUGCCGGGCGGGCCGCGGCGGCGGCACCGGUACCGGCAGCGGCACCGCGGCGCGGGUCGGCGCCGGCAGGAAUGUCUGGUUGGGAAGUAGGCGAUUAAAUGACAGACAUGGAAGGGAGAGGACCCUACCACAUCUAUGAUCCUGGUGGGGGGAUGGAGGAAAAAGGAUCUGCAACCUUUGAGCAGUUGGUGGAGGAGAACGCUCGGCUGAAGGAGAAGAUGCAGGGGAUAAAGUCCAUAGGAGAGCUACUGGAAGAGUCCCAGAUGGAGGCAUCCAAGCUGCGUCAGAAGGUGGAGGACCUUGUGAAGGACAAAGAAAUGCUGAUGGCGUCAUCUUCCUUGGACAAACUGGUGGAAAUGGGAGCCGGUGGCCCUGAUCCCAGCUCCUCCCUGGCUGCUCCAGGCAGUACCCAGAAGCAGCUGAAUGCAGAAGCACGGAAGUCUCCUCUGAGCGGGUCCUCAUCGGAGUUUGAGAUUGUUCCUGCCGAAGCACAGGGUUUUUUGCCGGAGAGCGGGAGAACGGACUUGGAGCAGCUGCCAAAUGAGGACACCAACCUGCUGCCCCAGCUGCAGCGCCUGGAGAGCACACUGAGCGUCUGCACUGAGGAGGCCAGCAAGAACCAGGUCUUUGUGCGGCUGGGCCACAUGGCCUCUGAGUUUAACCGCCUGGCCUCCAAGGUGCACAAAAAUGAGCAGAGGACAUCACUCUUACAGACACUGUGCGAGCAGCUACGCAAUGAGAAUGAGGAGCUGCGAGCCAAGCUGGAGAGGGACCUGGAGCAGAGAAACCAGGCCCUGGAGAAGCUCAGGUGUGAAAACCAGGAGCUCCGGAGGAUGGUGACGCUGAGCAGCAAGGAAAAUGCGAAGAGAGAGGGUGCCGAGCAGCAGCAGAGCGGGACCAUGAUGGAAAAGGUGCCUGGCAGAGGAGGACUGGAGGCCAAGGAGAAGAAGGUGAAGAUCCUGGAACACCAACGCAAUGAGUUGCUGGAGGUCAAUAAGCAAUGGGAUCAGCACUUCCGAUCCAUGAAGCAGCAGUACGAGCAGAAGAUAACAGAUCUGCGCCAGAAGCUGGCUGAGGCACAGAGAGCACUGACUGAGCUGGAGUCAGAGCGGGAGCAGAAGCAACGGGAUUUUGACCGCAAGCUCCUCCUGGCCAAAUCCAGGAUUGAUACAGAGGAGGCAAAGAAGGACAGGCUGGCCGCAGAGGUGAGGGAUCUGCAGCAGAGGAUGCGUUUCCUGCAGGAGCAGCUGGCUCCAGUCACCAAGCAGAGAGAGUACCAGGAGAAAGAGAUCCAGAGGCUGAACAAGGCACUAGAGGAGGCCCUGAAUGUGCAGGCCUCACCACCACCUGCUUUUGCCAGUGCUGCAGAGCCAGUUGGGAAGAUGCCACGGCAGGAGCUGCUGACUCAGAAUGAGCUCCUCAAGCAGCAGGUAAAAAUCUUUGAGGAGGACUUCCAGCGGGAAAGGAGUGACAGGGAGAGGAUGAAUGAGGAGAAGGAAGAACUGAAGCAGCAGCUGGAGAAGCUGCAGAAGCAAUUGGCAGUCUCCAACAACCAGCUGCGUGUCUCCAAGGAUGACUGCCAGCGGGAGAAGGAGGAGAAGGAGAAGCUGAAGAAGCUGCUGAAACAGCACAAGCAGGCUUCUGGUGAAAGGCUGCACCCGGAGCCACCGCCGACGCCUCUGGGCCCUGCCUGCCCCAUGUUUCAGUACCAGUACAGUCCCCCCGUGGCUCACCCCAUGUACCACGGCUUUGACGACUGGCAGCAAAUCCGAUAUCCACCAGCAAUGCCAGGCGAGCACGCACCGGGACAAAACUUCCACCACUUCCCUCCACCAGAAUACCCCUGGCGCCCGCCCUGCGCAAUGUCUCGGAGCCAGAACACUCAGGCAGUGGCUGGGGUGAAACCAGUCCCCAAGGACUUGGAACAGGCAGGUCCCGGAUUACCAUAACACCAAGGGCCGUUUUAGCUGUGUUGUGAUACAGGCUAAAGGCAGAAGAAAAGUAGGAUGUGUGUGUGUGCCUGUGUAUAUAUAUCUAGGACCUUCCUCCGGCUAUUUACCCCUGUGCAUAUACACGUGGUGUAUAUGGCACAUGCUCAUGGCCUGGAACAGCUCCGGCAGGAGUUCCUGGGGAGGAAUGUGCACGGAGAUGAAGGAGGGACUGGAGAUGCCGAUGUGGCGGAGUCUCCUGCGGAGAGCGUGCAGGCAGCCCCGUGUGGCCGUCUCCUUCCUGGCAACUUACUGGGUUUGAAUUUGAUGCCCGGCUUUCUGUAGUAGAAUGAGGAAGACGAGGUUUUUCGGAAGCAGGCGUUUGCCAGGAACGCACGUCCGGAGCUUCCCGUGUUCCAGGAGAUUCAUCGUAGGACACAACAUGGUUCUUCCUCUUGAUGAACAUUUCUGCAGGCUGAUGGCACAGACCUCUCCUGGUUGGCAGGUGAUGCCAAGGUCAUAGGUUCAUACCCUGUGUGAGCACAGACUGGGCCCGAGGGUGCUUGGUGUCUUCGUAUUUAUUUAAGGAUUGAAGCUAAGCUGAGUCUCUCUGUUUUCACCCUGAAAGUGUGCUUUCCCUAGAAGAGUUUCUGUAGGACUCGACAUGGAGGUUGUGCUUAAGGCUAUUAUUUCAGAUUUGUUCAGAGGUAGUCCCAUGUCCAGAGCAAAUGCAAGGGAAACCAAAUUGCUGCACAAGCACUCCAGUAUUUAUUUACCCAAGCGAAUGCUAUCCACCUGCUGCAGGGACAGGUACCACAUGCCGACUCUGCAAAAGGUAGCCACUAGCCUGCCCUACGUUCCCAUACGUUAGAGCGGAGGCAGGCGCAAGGAUGUCAAAACAAGGCUAUGGAUUUAGCCUGUCAUCUUCCGUAUCCUCCAGGCUCCUCUCCCACUGCCUGUGUUUUCCAAGGAGAUUCCUAAUACGCUCCCUCUGUGCCACCUGCUCUCUCUCCCAUCUCUGAUUUUCUGCUGCUCUUGAAUUGUGGCCAGUUUCUCAAAUGCAGAAAGUAAAUCUUGCUCCAGCUGGAAGCAAGUCUGGAGAAAAACACUGUUCCUGUGAGAAUUACUGUCACGUGGAAGACAGCAGGCAGGCACGGAGCUGAGACGCUCGUCUGUAAGAGGCUGGUCCCUUGCUCCUGGUAACAGCAUGGUUCACAGCAGCACGCGAGAGUCCUGCUCUGCGCAGGGGAAACAUGCGUUUGGGCUCUUCUAUCGCCUGCUUGGCCUACAACUUUCCACUUUUCUUUGUACUCUGGACUGAAACCUGUUCUAUGCCCCAUUUGUUUUGCAAUGACCCUGACACGGCAAAUUCAGAAAUGUGAUUCCUGCAUUGAGCCCAGGACGCUCCUGGGCUUUAUGUACAAGUUAAGGGAAGGUUUGACUUGGUUUGGUCGGUUUCUGUGCGACUAAUCAUUAGGAACUGUAAUGAUAAAUACAUGUUUGCAGUAAUCCUUAAUAAACUGGCUGGAGAUUUUC